CUUUUCAAUUUUCAAAUUCAAACUGCAGCUUGGCUUCGCAUCGUCGCAGAGCUCGAUCAGGUUUUCGGAGAAUUGACUAAAUCUCAGCAACUCUCGACUUGGAAAUUGUACAUUACAACUUAAAUAUUCGGACAACAAAAUCAAUAUCUAAACUAAAACCCGCGUUCAAUUAAAAGAAACGCGAUCCAAGAAGUCUAAAUCAGCCAAGCGUCUGCUGAUCUGUGUUACUUGUGUUUGUAUAAAUAAAAGAAAUAAUCAAAAUGGUGGGCACAACCCUGAAAAUGCGCGGCGAUGAGAACGCUUCGGAGAAUUUCAAGCAAGUGCAACUGAAGAAAUUGACGGUGCCUUCGCAGGAGGUGACAACAAAACGCGCUGCUUUGGGAGAUUUGCAAAAUCGCGGUCUAAAUCGCGCCAUUGCUGCGAAAGAUGCGGCACAGAAAGACUCCAAGGAUCUCAAGCUCACAGACGCCCUGCGCAAUGCCAAGGCUCGAGUGGACACCCACUGGAAGAAAACGGCCCUGGGAACCAGCACAAAUGGCAAUACAGCCGCUCCGCCCAAGGCCAACGAGGGGGGUGUGUCGGCCUUUUUGCGAUCGAAUUCGGUGCGCACUCGCGUUCCGGCCAAGACGACUGUAGAACCUGUUAAGAUUACAGUAAAAGCCAGUUCCAACGAGAAUGCCAACGAGCCCGCCUUGAAACGCGAGGACAGUAAUCUGUCCAAGAAAUCGCUGACCAAGCUCCGCGCUGCCCUGGCCAAGCCCGUGAUGGGAGUGUCCGGGAUUCGCCGGGAGCCAGUAGCUGUGGCCCGCAAGGAGACGGAGAUCAAGGCCAAGGAAAUUCUGGAAGUCAAGAAGGAGGUGACGGAGGCCAAAAAGGAAGCGACCAGGAUGCCCCUGAUCAAGGCCAGCAGUGUGGUCACCACGACCACAUCCACGCUGCCCACCACCAUGUCCCUCUCGAGCAAACGCCUGGCCGGGAUCGAGGACAUCGAUGCCAACGACAAGGAGAACCUGGUUCUGGUCUCCGAAUAUGUGAACGACAUCUACGACUAUUUGUACCAGGUGGAGCUGCAGCAGCCCAUACACAAGGACCACUUGGCCGGCCAGAAGGAGGUGUCGCACAAGAUGCGGGCCGUGCUGAUCGACUGGAUCAACGAGGUCCACCUGCAGUUCCAUCUGGCCGCAGAGACCUUCCAGCUGGCGGUGGCCAUUAUCGAUCGCUAUCUGCAAGUGGUCAAGGACACCAAGCGCACCUACUUGCAGCUGGUGGGCGUGACGGCUCUCUUCAUUGCCACCAAGUACGAGGAGCUCUUCCCGCCGGCCAUCGGUGACUUUGUCUUCAUCACCGAUGACACCUACACCGCGCGGCAGAUCCGCCAGAUGGAGCUGCAGAUCUUCAAGGCCAUCGACUGCAAUCUGUCGCGUCCGCUGCCGAUUCACUUCUUGAGGCGGUACUCGAAGGCUGCCGGCGCUGAGGACGAGCACCACGCGAUGUCCAAGUACUUUAUUGAGCUGGCUUCCGUGGAAUACGACAUGGCCUGCUACAGGCCAUCGGAGAUUGCAGCUGCUUCGCUGUUCCUCUCGCUGCACUUGCUCAAUGGAAACUACCGGGCUGGCACGGGCUUCAACGACCGCCACUGGACGCCCACUCUGACCUACUACUCGCGCUACUCGGCCGCCCACUUGCGACCCAUUACGCGGCAGAUCGCCAAGCUGGCCCGGGAUGCUCCGCAGGCCAAGCUGAAGGCCAUCUACAGCAAGUACCAGGGCAGCAAGUUCCAGAAGAUCGCGCUCCGAACGGAGCUGACCGGCGCGCUGAUGGACUCGAUCGUGGGCAGCCUGAGGAAAUAGAGCCGGAGGACGCAGACACAACUAGUUUAGUUUAAUUUGUUUUCAUUUUUUAAAUUUGUAGCGUAUUCAAUAUUCUGUUCGUUUCGUGUUCGUUACAAAAUGCGUAUAGUAUCGGUAUUCGCAUAGCUAUCUAUCAUCAUCGUCAUAAGCAAUCACCCCCUACACUUACACAUCGUAUUCUGCUGGAGUCCCUUGAGCACUUUUCGACCGCUGCCAAGAGCUGGCUCCGGCACCUUUGCACCUGGAGCACAAGUUGAACGCGAGCCGGCCGCUGGGAGUGAGUUCCGCCGGUAAGACCAGGUACCGGACCAAGUUGGAGCCCGCCUGCUCCUCCCGCUGGGACAGCUUCUCAGUGGGGAGCGAGCGGCGGAGCGGUGGACACCGAGAGAGAGUGGGCAACGAGUUCAUUUGCUGGCCGAACACAUCGGCGUUGUCUCUCCAAGAACUAUAUUUUAUAAUCACAUCCUCUACUCUUAUUUGUAUUUACUUUUUAGCUUUGAUAGGAAAUUAUUCGCUCUGUGCAUUAUGAAUAAAUCCAAAAAACGUGCAAAAAUAUUUCCGUAUCCCAAAAAUAUAACGAGGAUUAGACUAUUUGUAAUUUAUGUCAUGUAUUUCACCACAACCAUACAAAAAAACACCCUAAGCUAGUUCUAUUGUUUACUUAUAGAUAAGCAAUAAUUAAGAAACAUUUUUAACCCACUUUGUUUCCGAAACUGUCUGAACAAUACAUAGCAAAUAAAGAUUUGUGUAAUUUUAUAAAAAA